ACUUUUUCUCUUGUUUGUUUGUUGUCUAUUGACAAUGAUUGUUGGAAUUACAUUCAACAAAUAAUAUUUCAUUGUUAUCUAAUGUGAAUCUGGUUUUGAUCUAAUCAAAUUUAGAUUAUCAAAAAUAAUUUAUUCAAAAAAAAGAAGAAAAUGUGAAUAAUAUUUUCAUCUCAACAACAACAACAAAAUAAAAGAUUAACAACAACAAAAAUUUCGAUCGAAAUUACAUAAGUAAACAACCCCGGUCAACACAAUGUCCAUCAAUGGACCAAUAAAAGUUUGCCAUAGUGUAGUAGUUAAUCUAUCAACAUCACUAGUCGUAAUUUUUCUAAUUAUAUUGAUCAAUAUUGAUCAAUUAUCAUCAUCAUUAUCAGUAACAACAAUAACAACAAAUAUUGAUCAUGAUGUAAUCACUAGAUGUCAACAGGAUUGUCCACAUCGUAUGAACGUACAAGAUGAAUUGGAUAUUGCCUGUAAUUCUUCAUGUAAAAUACGAUUGUGCAAAAAUGGUUGUCACUACUGGUAUCUUUCACCAUCAGCUUGUUUUCAAGUUUGCCGCGGUAAUCACAUUGAUAAUGAUGAUAAUAAUGAAUUGCCGAAAUUACAACAAUCAUCGAUUAUGAUUGAAAAUGGGUUUGGUGAUCGUGACAAUUAUUGUGCACUUGGUUGUAAUCAUGCUCAUACUGUAUAUAUUGAUCAUGUUAAACUUUUACUUGAAACAAAUGGUUCAUUACGACCACCACGUUUAGUACCAAAUUCAUUAUCAAAUGAUUCAUUAAAAAUUGAAUGGAAUCAAUUACAUGAAUCAUUGCGAACACAGAUCAAUAUAAGUUAUCGUAUACAAUGGAAAUAUCAGAAUCUACCAUCACAAUGGAUGUAUAUUGGUGCAGCCGGUGUUCGUGCAUUCACGGAUAUCAGUAAUGAUCAAACGAAUAUAUUACAUAUAAAUGGAUUGAAUGCCUAUACAAGCUAUUUAUUUCGUAUUGAAUGGAUAUUAGCAUCCUCAUUACAUGAAUCGAUUAUAACUGAAUCGAGUGAACCGUUCACUACAUUACCAUAUGGUGUACCAAAAAGUGCCUGUAUUAUAGUCAGUUGUAUGGCAAUAUCACCAAAUCAGAUUUCGGUGAAUUGGCGUGCACCAGCAUUUCCAAAUGGUCCUAUAAUUGCUUAUAGUUUAUAUCUUUAUAAUGAACAUACUGGUCGUCGUACUGUUAAAGAUAUUCAUACACAUUGGGAUCCAUUUCGAACUAGUAAUCUAGCUAUUCAUAGCUAUGUUUUCAAUGAUCUACAAAGUGAUACCAACUAUACAGUAUCGAUUGUUACACACAAUAAUUUCGGUGAAGGUAUACGAUGUUGGCGACAGAUUUCAACACCCAAACAAUCGGAAGAAAUCGAUGAUGAAGAAUUGGAAAUGAAAGAAUAUAUGCAUUAUAAAUUAUAUCUUGCAUCAAGUAAAUCGGUUGCACGAAGAAAUGUUGACUUUUUACUUGAUGAGGAGAUUCUUUAUCAUCUGACUGAUUAUGUUGAAAAUGGUGACAUAACAGGAAUGGCUGUUCAUUUUAAUCGACGAUAUAUAUUUGUUGCCGAUUCUUCUGGUACUAUUCGACGUAUAUGGCUUAAAGAGAAUUCUAUUAAUCAAGUAUUACGUAUCAUCAAUGGAAGUAAUCAGCCCAGUCAUCUGUCUAUUGAUUGGUUGAAUGAUCGUUUGUAUUGGCUUGAAGAACCGGCAAAUCGAGUGAUGAGAUCUAAUCUAGAUGGAGAAAAUAUUGAAUCUAUUUACAUAAGUUCGUUUCAACCAAAUCAAAAACCAAUCGAUUUCAAAGUUGAUCCAUAUAAUGGCUAUUUGUUUUGGAUUCAAUCAAAUAUGUUUAAUCGUACAGCUAUAUAUAGAUUAGAUUUAUGCCAUUUAAACGGGCCGAUUCGAUCUGGUAAUAGUAAUGCAUUAAGAUCAAAAAUUGAGCUUAUUUAUCAAAGUGAUUCGUGGAUUUCAACAUUUGCCAUUAAUUAUCUGAACUAUCGAUUACUAUUUCCGAUGACUCAUACUGCUUCAAUUCAUUCCAUAACAAUCGAUGGUAAUGAUGAGACAACGAUUCGUGAUAAUGCCAUUAUUGCUGGUGCUAAUCGUAUGGAAAUUAGUCCAUUUGCUGGUAUGGAUAAUAUGGUUAUCUAUAAUCAACGAUUGUAUUUCAGCCGUGCAGAAAAUAUAACUUGGGAAGAAUAUCACGUUGAUGAACAAAUGUAUUAUCAUAAUACUUAUACAACUGAAUCAAGAUUAAUAUCAUUAGCAAUUAUGGAUCAACAAAGUCAACCGAUUCCUGUACCAUUGACACCUGUUGAAGCUGUCGAAGCAGUAUUUCUUGAUACUUCGGCACGGAUCAGUUGGCAAAAACCGGCAUUAUUCGGAACAAGCGGACGUGGUGCAUGGCAACAAUGGCGAUAUGAAGUAGCUAUUCAAGAAUCCGAUAAUCCACAAGUAGUUCAUACAGCAAAAGUUAAUAAUAUAACACAAUGUGAUGCUGUUGAAUUACAACCGGAUACUGGUUAUGAAAUACGUGUACGUGCAUUCACAUCAGCUGGAAAUGGUGCAUGGUCAAAUAAAUUUAUUGGACGAACAUUACCAUCGAUGGAAUCAAUGACAAAUAGACCAUAUGCUUUAAUUGCAACAAAAGAUCGUCUAUUAAUACGAACUGAAUUGGAUGGUAAAUUCAAGCAACAAUUAUUGCCUAAAUCAAAAUUGGAUACAUUAGGUGUUAAUAAUAUAACUGGUGUUUAUAUUUAUAAAGAUUCAGUUGUUUUGAACACUGAUCAACAUAUUCUACUUUAUGGAAGUCUUACGGUAGAACAUUCCACUCUAACUGUUGUUGUCAAUAAAAGUAAUGCACAUUCGAUUGCUGUUGAAUGGAUGGCACCGAAAAUCUAUUGGUCAAAUCCAUUAGAACGAAUGAUUUGCCGAUGUAAUAUGGAUGGAUCUCAAAUCGAAAUUUUACCUAUUAUAACUUAUGCACAAGAGAUAGCAAUCGAUUCGAUAAAUGGUUUUUUGUAUUGGUCAACAUCAUCCAGUCUUCGCAUAGCUAGAUUGAACGGAAUGAAAAAUUCACAACGAUUAUUGCUUCGUACACAACAGAUAAAAAGUUUGUCAAUAGAUCAAAAAAGUGGAAGAUUAUAUUGGACAACAGUUCGAUCAUUGGAUAAAACUAAUACCGAAGAAAGUGAUGAAAAUAUUCUAAAUCAAGAUGGAAACAUUGUGAUGGUUCUCCAUCACAUUGAUUUAUUCGAAACAAUUGAUCAAAUAAACGAGAUUAAUUUGGAUUCUGAACAUGUACAUUCAGUUCAAUUGGCACGACAACAAUCAAAUAAUUUGAUUGGACCAAUAGCAUCAUUUGCCCGAAGAUUUUGGUGGUUAAACACACAACAAAAUCAGAUGGUUGUCAGCGAUGAUCACGGACAAACAUUUGCGACUAUUCGUCAAAAUACUGGUGGAAUUAGUACAUUUCAAAUUGUUACCGAUAAUGAUGAUCAACGAGAUCGUCGUUUUGAAAUUGAUGUUGUUCCGAAAUCAGUGGACGAAAAUUCCAUACAAAUUCAAGGAACAUGGGAAAAUUUCACCAUCAAAUGGAAUCCUGUAACAAACGUUAACUAUGGACAAGUAUUUUAUGAUUUAUCGCUUGAAAAUGAUGAAGAUAAUGCUGCAAUUAAACAAUCAUCAACCAAUAAUAAUUUAAAUCAUUUUAUUCUCAAUCAAACUGAAUUCAUAUUGCCAGAACAUUUAAAACCAUCAAAACCUUAUGCACAAAUUCGUAUUGCAUUACGUUCAUUCACUUAUUGGGCAUCAAGUCGACAGGUAGUGGCUACAUUGCAUACUCCGUCAUCAAUACCAUCUAAACCUCGUUCAGUUCGUGUGUUUACCUAUGUUAUGAAUGAUAGUGACAAAUUAAAUCCCAAACGGACAAAAUCUGAAAAACGUUUUGCAGCUGAAGCAAGAUGGUUAGAACCGGAAAAUCCAAAUGGUCUAAUUCAAAGUUAUACAAUUUCAUUAUGGACUAUGGAUACUGGCAAUGUGACAAAAGUUACUUCGAUUAUCAACAAAGUAAUACCGAAUCAAUUGUGGUAUCGACUUGAAGAUUUAAAGCCGAAUGCAACUUAUUAUUUUGAAGUACGAGCUACAACGUAUGUGGGAGAAGGACCACCAUCACAAGUUAUUCAAUUUAAAACAUAUCGAUCUGAACCACCGUUGCGAUUAUUAUUAGCCGAACGUGAUUCCAUAUAUGAAGCCGAUAUGGAUCUUAAACAAAUUGUUCGAUCAGUAAUCAAAUCAUUAUCACCAUCAUUGAUGGAUUAUAAUUUUGCUGAAAAUCGAUUAUAUUUCGUUGAAGAUGGAAAUUUUCUUAAAUGUAGCAAACUCAUACAAGAUAAUGAUAAUAAUGAUGAAGAUGAUGAAAUUGUACGACCUUUAAGAUCAUCGAAUCAAGUACAAAGUGGUCAAAGUGGCAACUACACGAUAUUGGCCCAUUUCACACAAUCAAUCACAUCGAUCACAAUGGACUGGCUUGGCAGACGAUUAUAUAUAUCAACUGUUGAUUUUUUCCGCAAUCAUAGCACAAUCUGGUGUUAUACUGAAGAAACACAAACGACACGUAUUGUAUUAACCAUAACAGGCAACUAUAUCAACACAAUGCGUAUCGAUCCUUAUCGAUCAAUGUUAAUAUGGACACAACAACCAAUUAAAUCAAAAAUUCCUGGUAAAUUAAAUCAUGAAUCCACUUUCUAUAUGAUCACUGCUCAUCGUUGUCGAUUGGCCAUAAAUGGUAGUGCUUGUGAUGAACGUUUAGAUUACUUUCAAUCACCAAGCCGUGAUCGUUUAUGCAAUUGUACACAUACGCCAAAUAUAUCUGGUGCUUUUCAACUAAUUCAUAGUUUGGAUCAAUCAAUAAUAACAGGUCAACGAAUGAUAUAUUUUGAUCGCAAUGGACAAACAUUCAUUGAGAGCAGUGAUGGAUGUUAUUGUCGACGAAUUACUUCAUUUGUCGAAACAACUAAUCCACCAGUAGCAAUCGAAUUAGAUCAGAUAUCAUCAAAAUUAUAUUGGAAAAAUGAUUCAUUUAAUGGUCUUAUCUAUAGUACAGAAUUAGAUUCAGAACAUGAUUCAGAUUUUCGCCAACCAAUCAAAAUUAUUAAUCUAGCAAAACCGAUACGUAAUAUGAUUCAAUUAUCUCGACAACCUUAUCCAUAUAGCUUAGAAUGUUUAAUUCCAUUAUCAAACAUUCAUCUUAACAUGAGAAUGCUUAGACAUACAUCUACAUCGUUGACAUUACAAAUCGAUUUAGAUCGCAUGACUUCCAAUGAUAUACGAUCAAACAACAAUUGUCCAUCACCUAUUAUGUCCAAUCAAGAAUCAAUAGAUUGGCAACCAAGUUUGGCUUCAAUUCGAUUUCGAAUCCGAUAUGGCUUAAAUCGUACUGAUCUACGUUCUACUAUCGAUACGUUUAAUCAAACUAUUGUCAUUGAUAAUUUGGAACCAUUCAGUAAUUAUAGCUUUUCGAUCGAGAUGGAUAAUUUUUAUCUUGAAUUAAUUCGAAAUCGUAGCCAACAUCAAUUGGAAUUGGCAUACAAUGCAAGUCUUAUACCAACUCUAUCGAAUCGUAUUGAUUAUUCUGAUUCAAUUCAUCGGCCAUAUCUUUAUUGGGAUGGAUUUAUAUUUUCAACUUCGGAAUCUCGUCCAGCACCAGCACGAAAUGUUCGUGCAAUCGUUGAAAGUCCUGAAAGAAUUCUUGUUCUAUGGGAUCGUCCUGAACGUUUAAAUGCUAAAAAAGUUGUCUAUGAAGUUCGAUGUCAUUCACAUAAUGAUAGCCUGGAUUUGCAAUCAUGGAAAUUAGAUGAUACAUUUGGUGUUCAUCAUUCACUUUUGAAUGGAUCAUAUUGGAUUCAUAUGGAUACGAUACGGCCAGAUACAAUCUACAAUAUAACUGUUCGUGUUUAUGCUAUUGAAAAAAAUAAACAAAGCAAAGAUUUUUACGUUGAUAAUCACCAGUUUCAGGAUUCAGAAUCAAUAACAAUUCGAUCAUUUCCAUUACCUUCCGAUUUACAAUUGAAAUAUCUAUCAGCAAGACAAAUUGAUCUAGAAUGGCAAGCACCAUUUGGUGAAUCGGUGAUUGAAUCUCAUGAAAUUUGGUUUCAAUCCGAACCAGAUAUCAAUGAAAAAUUACACAAAAAUCAACAAUUUAAUAAAAAUUUUAACUGGACCAAAUUUGCCAGUGAUCAAACACAAUCUGAACAAAAAUAUCAUUAUCAAUUUAAACAUUUGAAACCAUAUCGAUGGUAUAGAUUUCGAUUAGAAUUAAUUUAUCGUCCAUCUCGAUUCCGAUAUGAAUGGCCGAAAUCACCAAAAUUGUUUCGUAUACAAACUAAUAUGACCGUUCCUGAUGGUCCGGAAAAUCUUGAAAUACAAACUGUUCAUUCAAAAAAUGAUCAACAACAUGAAAUCAAUAAUGGAAUCAAUAUUUAUAAAAUAAUCUGGCAACCGGUACGUUCAAAUUCGGAUUCACAAGUUUAUUAUCAACUAUAUCGAUGGCAAAUAACAUCACAAGAUGAUGAUAAUAAUAAUAAUAAUAUGAUUAAUGAUCAUGCAAUUAAUUCAUCAACACAAAAUCAACUUGUUACUAAUCAACAUCAUUCAUCAAAACUUGCUUACAAUGGCACCGAUAAUUAUUGGAUUGUAUCUGGAUUACAAACAGGUCAACAAUAUCAUUUUCGAUUAUAUGCUUCUAAUCGUUUGGGUGUUAAUCAACGUGAAUAUGCACAAACAAUACGACCAUUUUGGCUUGGUCAACCGACGGAAAUUGAUGGUGUUAACAGUUUAAUAACAUAUCCAUCAUCAUUCAAUAAUGGUGAAUCACAUUUAUUCAUUAUAAUGUUUGCUAUAUUCUGUGCUGUUGCCGUUUGUUUGGUCAUUUUUUCUUUAUGUUCAUUACGAUUCUAUAAACUAAAUACAAAAGAUGUUGAUUCCAAUAAUCAAUCAAUCAUUUCAUCAUCAACAAAUAGCCAUCAAAUUGAAUUGAUACCAUGGCAACAACGGCCACAUCCACAUUUGCCUAAUGCAUUAUAUGUGAAUAGUAGUGUACAAGAUGUUGAUUUGACUGAUAUCGAAAUAUUUGAUUAUCAUUCAAUUACAUUAGUAAAGUUACUUGGUAAAGGAGCAUUUGGUGAAGUACAUGAAGCAAUUUUGCAUAAAACUGAACAACGAGUUGCAGUAAAAGUAUUGAAUAAAAAUUCUACAAAGGAUGAAGAUCAAUGUAAUUUUCUUAAAGAAGCAAAAUUUAUGUCAAAAUUUAAACAUCCACAUAUUUUACAAUUGUUGGGUGUUUGUCUUAAUCAUCAUUCAUCAUCGAUUGUUAUUGUUCUUGAAUUAAUGGAAGCCGGCGAUCUUUUAAAAUAUCUACGAUCAAAUCGUCCUGGUAGCACUAAUCAAACGAAUAAACAACCAUCAACAUCAAUAUCGAGUAGUCCAUUAACAAUUGAUGAUCUAAUGUCGAUUUGUAUUGAUGUUGCGAAAGGUUGUGAAUAUUUGGAACAAAAACAAUUUGUACAUCGUGAUUUAGCUGCCCGAAAUUGUUUAGUAUCAAGUGCUGAUCGUGAAAAACGUGUUGUAAAAAUUGCCGAUUUUGGCCUAACAAGAGGUUUAUAUCAACAAAAUUAUUAUCGAAAAGAAGGUGGAUUAAUGCCAGUACGAUGGAUGUCACCAGAAUCAUUAUCGGAUGGUGUUUUUACUACACAAAGUGAUGUUUGGUCAUACAGUGUUAUCAUGUAUGAAGUAAUGACAUUAGGUCAACAACCAUAUCAAGCAUAUUCAAAUAAAGAAGUUUUGGAAUUUGUCAAAUCUGGUGGUAUAUUAGAACGGCCACCACUUUGUUCAUCACAAAUGUAUUCAUUGAUGAAACAAUGUUGGAAAUAUGAAACAGAAUUACGACCAUCUUUUGCUACAAUAUUACAACAUUUACAACAAUUAAGACAAUCAAUGCAAAUUGAAUUUGAACAAAUGUUGAAACAACAGCAUUCAAUUAAACAGCGAAAUCGAUUAACAACUGUACAUAAUCAAAAUUAUCAGCCAAUCAUUGAUUCAAUAGUAAUACCAAAUGAUGAAAUCAAUUCGUUUCAUCAUCAAUUGGAUCUAACAUCUUAUUGUAAUGGACACGUGAAGCAACAACAACCAGUCAUUCAUCAACCAACAUCAAUAGAACGUUCUGAUCCAUUUUAUGGUACAAUGGGUGCAACAUCAACAGGCUAUAUUGCAACAACAAGCAAUACAACAUUAACAACACUUGAUGAUCAUAAUUCAUUAACUGAUGAUUUAAUUCCAAUAUCAUCAUCAUCAUCAAUAACUGGUAAUAAUAAUAUUGGUCUAACACGAAUAUUGACAAUGUCUCCAACAUUAGUGUUGGAUUCUUCACCUUCAUCACAAACAAUAUUCAUAUCACGAAAUAAUGAUCAAUGUAAUCAUCAACAACAAAACGUACAACUAUCUCAUAAUCAUUUUCAUUUAAGAUUACCAUCGGAUAAUUAUCCAAAUGUUAAUCCAAUUAUAAUGGCCAAUCAACAUAAUCAUAAUAAUAAUAAUCAUCAUCAUGCAUCAUUACCAUUAUCAGGUACAACAGCUUCUACAAUCUAUCUAAAAAUGGCCAAAGAAUCUAUAAUUAAUAAUAAUCAUAACUCUAAUCAAAUGUUUGGUAAUCAACAACAAUUAUUAUUGGAACAACAUGUGGAUCAUGAAGGCUAUCAAUUACCGAAUAGAUAAUUAUAAAUCGUACAUUUUUUAUUAUUAAUGAUAAUGCCGAAAAGCAAUUGUAAUUUAUUUUUAUUUUGAAUCCAAUCAUAUCAU